GCAGUAAUUUAAGUCAGAUAUGCAUAUUGGUGAAGGAUUAUUUGCAGAAUACUAAAUCCACUCUUGUAAAAGCAGGCAAAGAUUUAUUACAGGAUAUUGAAUAGUUUGCAGAGCUGUUGGAAGUGCUGAAGAAGUUUUGGAUUAAGUAACGUUAAGUGACUCCCAAAAUCAUACCAUAGAGCUUGGUCAUCAAGAGAGCUUCUGCCUUUUCUACGGUGCCUUCCAGUGGCAACCAUGCUACCACUGUCACAGGAAGCUGCCCUUAGUCCUCUGAUGCCUUCUAGAAUUCAUAUUAGCAAAAGAGGCAGCCCCAUACCCUUUCAGUUUCCUUGGAGGUCAUCUGACAGGACACUGUGCACUCUCAGUGAUGCCACCAAAAAAAAAAAAAAAAAAGCCUCCACAGCUGUGCUUGUCAGAAAAAAAUAGAAAUAGAUCCCCUUUAACCUCAUUUCGGCCUUCUAAGUCUCAUGCAAAGUGUAUCUGAAUGCCCAAACAUAAAUGACUUCUGAAACCGUAACUGCAGAAGGUUCUGAGAAAUUUUUAGGCUUCCAGUCUCUGCAGCAGGUGAGGGCACACUAGGAGAGUGGAGCAGAUGUUUAAUGUCAAACCAGUGUCAGCAGUAUAGGAAGAUGAAGUUCUUGGACUACCGUGUGCUCUUAGGGAGCAGGCAUAAGGAGAUGGACUUCAGUGAUUGAAAGAAGGAAGAAUGAGCUAUCGAGAAAAAAACAGUAUGGCUCAGGCUCUUUAGGGCAUACCCAGGAAAUUUUAUAGCAAAUCUCAAAGAAGCUUUAGGACAUCAAGUAACCAGAAUAAAUUACCUUGGAGAUUGGGGCAUGCAGUUUGGUCUUCUGGGAUCUGGCUUCCAACUCUUUGGCUAUGAAGAAAAACUUCAGUCCAAUCCUUUACAGCAUCUCUUUGAAGUUUAUGUACAAGUUAAUAAAGAAGCAGCAGAUGAUAAAAAUAUAGCAAAAUCAGCACAUGAGUUCUUCCAACGAUUAGAACUGGGUGACACACAAGCACUUGCACUGUGGCAGAAAUUUCGGGACCUCAGCAUAGAAGAAUACGUGCGGAUUUACAAGCGUCUAGGAGUACACUUUGAUGAAUACUCUGGAGAAUCAUUUUAUCGUGAAAAAUCUCAAGAAGUCUUAAAGUUGCUGGACAGUAAAGGACUCCUGCAGAAAACAGUAAAAGGAACAGCUAUAGUGGAUCUUUCUGGGAAUGGUGACCCCUCCUCAAUUUGUACUGUAAUGCGAAGCGAUGGCACUUCUCUCUAUGCAACCAGAGAUCUUGCAGCUGCUAUAGAUCGAAUGGACAAGUAUAAUUUUGAUACAAUGAUUUAUGUGACAGAUAAAGGGCAAAAAAAGCAUUUUCAGCAGGUGUUCCAAAUGCUGCAGAUCAUGGGAUAUGACUGGGCAGAAAGGUGCCAGCACGUGCCCUUUGGAGUGGUGCAGGGAAUGAAGACUCGAAGAGGAAAUGUUACUUUUCUGGAAGAUGUUCUAAAUGAGAUUCGAUCGAGGAUGCUACAGAACAUGGCUUCUAUUAAGACUACCAAAGAACUGGAGAACCCACAGCAGACUGCAGAGAGGGUCGGGCUCGCCGCACUCAUUAUUCAGGACUUCAGAGGUUUACUCUUAUCUGACUAUCAGUUCAGCUGGGAUCGUGUUUUCCAGAGUCGUGGGGACACAGGAGUCUUCCUGCAGUACACGCAUGCCCGCCUCCACAGUUUGGAAGAGACUUUUGGAUGUGGUUAUCUAAAUGAUUUCAACACUGCUUGUUUACAAGAUCCACAGUCUGUUUCCAUUCUCCAGCAUCUUCUCAGGUUCGAUGAGGUGCUUUGUAGAUCAUCUCAGGACCUUCAACCCAGGCACAUUGUCAGUUACCUUCUAACUCUAAGUCAUCUUGCUGCUAUGGCACACAAGACACUGCUUAUAAAAGACAGUCCUCCCGAAGUGGCUGGGGCCAGACUUCAUCUUUUCAGAGCUGUGCGUUCUGUCCUAGCCAAUGGAAUGAAACUUCUUGGAAUAACACCUGUAUGUAGGAUGUAAUUUCUAAUUAAAAUAGCUUUCUAAAUACCCAGUGAAUUCUAGUUAUCUAUUCUUAUAUGCCUUGUUUAGAAUUUAAACUGUUAUUCUGUAUCAGAAUCUGUUUUAGUAAGCCUAAGUGAUUUAUCAACUUAUUAAAUGUUUAUCUAA